CCCCGCUGUGUGCGGGCUGAGCGGAGCCCCGGUGAGGAUGCAGCUCCGCGCUCCAGCAGCAGCAGCAGCAGCAGCUCCUCAGUAAAUAAAGCGGAGAGCCGGGGAGCAGCAGCAUGGAGAACAUGUGCACGGUGCAGGUGAAGCUGGAGCUCGGCCACAGAGCCCAACUCCGGAAGAAAGCCACCACCGAGGGCUUCACUCACGACUGGAUGGUGUUUGUUCGAGGCCCGGAGACGUGCGACAUCCAGCACUUUGUGGAGAGGGUGGUGUUCAGACUGCACGAAAGCUUCCCCAAACCCAAACGAGUGUGUAAAGAGCCUCCGUAUAAGGUGGAAGAGUCUGGAUAUGCUGGAUUCCUUAUGCCCAUAGAGGUCUACUUUAAAAACAAGGAGGAGCCUAAGAAAGUUUGCUUUAAUUAUGACCUCUUCCUGAACCUGGAAGGCAACCCCCCGGUCAAUCACCUGCGCUGCGAGAAGCUCACGUUUAACAACCCCACGCACGAGUUCCGCCGCAAACUGGUGAAAGCUGGAGGGGUGAUGGUCGUCCCGGAGGGAGCGGAGAUGAUGCCGAGACCCAGUCCAGAUUACCCCAUGCUGCCCACCAUCCCACUGUCUGCCUUCUCAGACCCUAAAAAGAUCAAAUCGUCUCAUGGGAUAAAGGAGCCAAGCAAAGAUGGAGCAGGAGGAAGCAGUAAAGUCCCUAAACCACAUAAGGCAACCAAAGAGCACAAAGAGCGAACAAGAAAAGACUCUGAGAGUAAAGCCUCAUCCAGAGAGAGCGACCGCGACGGAGGAAAACCCGCUCGAGAACCGCUGUCCUCCUCCUCAUCCUCCUCCUCCUCCAGGAAAACUACAGAGAACCGCGGGAAGGAGGAGAGCAGACCUGUUCCCAAAGCUGCUUUUAAAGAGCCCAAACUCACCCUGAGAGAACCCAAAACUGAGGGAGGAGGAGGAGGAACAACCACAACAACAGCAUCAGGUGCAGGUGGAGGAGGAGGAGGAGGUGGAGGAGGAGGUGGAGGAGGAGGAGGAGGAGGUGGUGGAGGAGGAGGAGGAGGUGGAGGAGGUGGUGGAGGAGGAACAAAUAAACGCCAGUCAACCACGACAGAGUCGCCCAAACUCAGCACCAAGAAACAGAAGAGUAUGAAAGGAUCUGCUGGUGGAGGACUGAGCAGCAGCUCCCCCCGUAUCUCCUCUACCCCCUCCACCUUCCCUGAGAAGAAAGCAUCCAAAGAGAAGAGUCACUGGGCCAAGCUGAGGCCAGAGCUGCAGGAGGUGAAGAGACAGCCCGAGUCCGACGAGUCCAACUCAGAGGACGAGGCCUCGUCCAAAUCUGAGCCGUCUGCCCAGUCCAGCCCCUCCAGCUCCAGCUCCACCUCCAGCUCUGACUCUGACUUUGAGCCGUCUCAGAAGCAAGGCCAGGGACCUUUACGCUCCAUGGUGGAGGAUAUGCGCUCUGAAGGCUCUGACGACGACAGCAGCUCAGAGGUGGAAACGCCCAUGAAGAACACUCCACCCAACCAGGACUCACGUGCCAUAUUCAGUAUGAGUUUGGACAGUGAGAGUGAUGGAGUGGAGGAACCUCGUCCCCCCAGCCAGGAGCCCCCCUCUCCUCCCCACAAACUCAGCACAGCCAACCACAAGAUGUUGGGGAAGAAGAGCCCAGAUUUGUGCUCUAGAGAUAAGAUGAUUAAGAGGGGACUCGACAAGGUAGGAAGGGCUUAUACAGAGGAGCUGGUGGAUCUCCAUCGCAGACUGAUGGCUCUGAGAGAGAGGAAUAUUUUACAGCAGAUAGUAAACCUAAUCGAAAAGACCGGUCAUUUCAACGUCACCAACACCACCUUCGACUUUGACCUUUUCUCGCUGGACGAAUCGACUGUGCGGAAACUUCAGAGCUACCUGGAGGCGACGUCCACAUGACACAGGGGAGCUUUAGGUCCACCGCUCCCCUCACACUGCGAUUAAACCCCCCCUGAUCAGACGGGGGGUGCAGACGGACAGGUACUGAAUCAGCGUGUAAAUGCACCGGGAGCGAGAACAACAGAAGAUAUACAGUAAUACUGUAACACGUCAUGAACACGAGCGCUGGGGUGGUCAGGGUUCAUCCGAUGAAGGCAACACUUCGUUUUUUGCACUAAACCAUGAGAUUCAAACUGUCGGCACAAUACUGUCCAAAGCGGACCAGAGUUUCGCUGUAGGCAUUGCAGCUGUAUAUCAGUUAUUGAUACUUAUUUACAAUAAAUACAGAGACCCGUUUGUGCCAGAGCCGUAACACUGAUGGCGUAGCUAUAUCUCGCUUGUGUCUCUAAGGGCUGUGUGCAAACAUUUCUCAAACAACUGAACUGCAUCUGUAGCUGCUCUCAUAUCUCUCUGCUGCUUGUAGCUCAGAAACUCCUGCUCAGUACGAUAAAGUGGAAAGACAGGACCAGGAGCAAAGCUUUAAAGGACUAUUGAAGCUAAAAAUGCUAAUAUAAACCAGGUAUAAUAGCCUGCAUAGCCGCUGUUUAGCUUUUAGGGAUGGGCAUGGCUAUUCAUAAAUACAGUACCAAUAACAGAAUACAGAAUUUAAUUCAUUCAUUCAUUCAUUCAUUUAUUUAUGUAUCAGUUAGGAAAAAGGCUAGUAUUUAAUCAGAUAAGAUAAAUAUAGGGAAAAAUCUAUAAACCUAUUAAAAAAUGUAAGUCACAUUUAAGCAACACUAGUAAAGAUGCCUACAUCGGAGUGAGCAAGUUUUUAGUGAAGUUUCUCCAGCACUAAGGCUAACUGCAGCAGCAUUAGCAUUAGCCGCUAACCACAUCACUAGCGGGACGUAAAUGCUGCUUGAUAGCGCUAGCAUUACUGUGGGACCCUGAGUGUUCCAGUAACCCAGGGCGCUAUCAGCUAGCGGUUCGUCCCUCGUAGCUUGUUUUAACAUGGCAAACAUUUAGACUACAGUAUACAAUAUACUCUCCUCUGAAUGGCAAAAGAGCUAGUGCUGCGGCUAAUGCUAAUGCUGCUGCCUCCAGCCUUAAUGCUUCACUGAAACUUCACUGAAAACUCAUCCUUAUAACUCCGUACUUCAGCGGAGUGGCUUUAACACUCCUCAAUACCUGACUGGUAGAAUUUAUACAUAAGGUGCACCAGAUUUUAAGGCACAUUGUCGAUUUUUUUUAUUUAAAUUAAAGGACCUUAUAGUCCACAAAAUAUGGUAAAAAAAAAGCUUAUUAAUUAUUUACAUAGGAUCAUAGCCACUGUCACACAAAAAAAAGCUCUUUUUUCUGUUUUUCUUUUUUUGAUGCUUUAAUCAAGCAUCUUUAUUUUGUAUCAGAAUUUUAUAAUGAAUGGACCAAUAGAAAUGACAUGUUGGAGGUACAAUAUGUGAAACUGUGCCGGUUAUCAUUCUGUAGUUUAGCUGGUAUUGUGUUAAUUCACACGUUAUACAAGUACACAAGGUUUUGAAGGGAAUAUAAAAAAAAAUGUUUUUAUUAGUCUUAAUUGGGUAAAAUGUCUACAGAAGUCAAAAUUCCAAUUUUACUGAAGAGUUUUCUGCCCCUGCUGCUCCUUCCCAAUGCCAAGGUCACACGGGUUGCCAGAUUGACACACAGUGACAUGCGACGAUGCGCCUUACUCUGUAGCUAAUCAGUGAAUAUAUGAUUUUCAAUUUCCAAAAUUCUUUAGUGGUUGUAAUAAAUUACCCAACUAUGGUUAAUGAACCUAAAUGAAGCUCAGUGAGUACCUGUUUAGCAAACAAAUAUACCUGGCAACUCUAUAAUAAAAAUACAGGAUUUUAAACAGGAGGUCAAUGAUGCAACAUGUCAUGAUAUUAAUAAUGCAAUCUGUGCAUCAAUGAUUGUAGUAAAAUAAAUGGAUUAUAUAUAUAUAUAUAGAUAGAUAGAUAGAUAGAUAUACUAUAAUCUAUACUCUAGUAUUUAUAAUAUAAAAAAAAAUCUAUAAUGACAAUGCACAAAACACAUUCAGCACAUUCUCUGAUAUGACUAUUGCAUACGUGUACAUUGUGAUAUGGAUGCUAAAAUAUAAAUAUACUGUGCGGCCCCAGUUCUUGCACUUCUAGCUAUAAAAGGCUAGUAUCUAUGCUGCUACUGAAACUAAUAGAGUCAUCGGUACCGGUCAGUAUCAUUAUCAUAUUAUGGUAUUUUCCAUAUCAUGAUUCUUGCUGUAUUACAAAUAUAUAUAUAGGAUAUUUAAAUCAUGUUGAUUGAAGGAGUUUAUAGAUAUUGUUGUGUAAAAUGCCCAUCCCUACUAGCUCUUAUUCACUGUCUAUAUAUUUACAAGCGUUAGCAUUUUAAAAACAUAUUAAAAUGUUCCUUCAAUAGUGAUUUUUAACUGCAUUAGUGCAUAUCCUUGAAGAGCGCUGUGAAAAAGUGUUUGCCCCUAAAGGUUUUCUCUAUUUUUGCACACCUUUCAGCAUUAUUAAGGAUAAUUGAGGAUAUUGGAGGAUUAUCACCACCUUACUUAAUCCUCAACUCCCCAACUCUGUAUGUGAUUUCAGGUGAUUUUAAGUGUUUCCUGUUUAAAUUACCUAAUUAAUUAUUUAAAUACGAUUUUAGCAGAAUUUGGUUAAUUGAGUAAAGGGGCAGGUAUCUUUUUUUUUUUUUUUUUUUUUUUUUUACUUUCUCACUGAAUUAAAUAAUGAUUAUUUAAAGAGUGUUUUGGGGUUUGCUAGGGAUGCACUAAUACUACUUUUUCUUUUUUGAUACUAAUGCCAGUACAGAUACAAAUUCUUACUUAACUGCUCAAUAGGCAGGCCUGUCUCAGUAAUUACAUUAUCAACGUAUUGUAUAACAUAUAACCAUGACCUCUGAGAGAGAACAGGGUUAGUAGGCUACACACACAGAGAGACGACAUAGUUUUACUGCUGCUGUAGUCUUUCCCACUGUUUAAUCAAACCAAAAAAAUCACAAAAAAAAUAUCUAUGUAUAGUAAAAAUAAGAUGAUCCGUGUGUUCCACAAACCAGAAUCCUUUUUUUGACCACUAUGCCAUCUCUAUUUAUUUUUUAUAUUUUUUUAAAGGCACUAAUAUUAUUUAUCGUAAUUCCUGGAACAAUAAAUUGUUGGUUAAAAACAAUCAGUGUGACAGGCUUAUCAGUAGCUGUCUACGGGCCCCAUCAAGAAGCACUGCAUCGUUAAAAUAGUAAAAAUGCACCUGGUUCUUAAAGGGAAUGGUAAAUGACGCACUAAUUGGUUUGUUUCACGCUGUAGAUGCGUUGUUUAAUGCCAGUGGGAAAACAUAUACUAUGGUUAGCUGAGAGCUAGCUAACAUUAGUGGUGAGCUAGCUAAAGAUACUGGGGAAAGAAUUAAGGUUAGCGAAGACCUAGCUAACAUUAAUCAAAAGCUAAAUCACAUUAGCCGAGAGCUAUUUAAGGUUAGCAGAGAGCUAGCUAAAAUGCUAACAUAUUAACUUCUUUGGCGAGCUGGCUAACAUUAGCGGCGAACUAGCUAACUGGAAGUCUUGACUAAGACUAUAAUAAAUAACACAGAAUUCUAGGCUGCAUAAUUUUCAAGUUUUAAUUUCCAAUGAAAAAAAAUAUUUUCUACCAAAGAAAUUAUGACUUUAUUUUUGGUUCUUAAAUGAUAUUUUAAAAAUUGCUUUAUGGUAUCGGUGCUCUGUAUCGCUGAUACAGAUACUGUGCCAGCAUGUGUGCUAAUAUUACACAAAGUCCGAAUUGGUGCAGCCCUAGUUUUACUCCGGCUGUCUUGGUUUUAUUUAGGUUUAGUGUGAAGUAUAUGUAAAGACAGAGGAAAUCAGAAGGAGGUAAAUACUAUUUCACAGUCCUGUUGCUGUAAAAAGAACAGAAAGUCACAUUAAACACCCUUAAACUUUAUUAGUGUACACCACCGCGGUUUAUUCAGUGGGGGAAUAAAUAAAAGCUAUCUGCCUUCAUAGUGCCUUCUCUAAUAUAUCAUCAUUUUAUUAUUAAAUACUGUCUGUAAAUCUCUCACUUCUCCCAGCACUACUCACAUAUUGUCUCAUUAUCAGGCAAAAACCUUGUAUCUCUGUUCUUGCUUUAGCAAUUUGGUCUGAUAACUCCACACCAACCACCUGGAGUACCAUAGCAAGCACUUCGUAACUGCAUAGCUAACAUGUUACAAACACAUAGCCAAUAGAUACCAUAGCAACUACCUAAGAACCACCCCACCUAGUUAUCGUAUAGUAACCAUCGGGCAAUUUGUUAGCAGCUAUAGCAGCCACCUAGCAUACUCCUACCAGCUACUUGCAACCACUUUUAAAUUGUUAACCUUUCUUGGCUGCUUUGUUGAGUCAAUUUAACAUUCCUUUAUUAAAGACGAAUUCCAGUGUAAAGUGGACUUGUGGUGUAGUAAAACAUGAUAAGUAGAGUGAUAUUAGCUAGUGGUUUGUCCCACAUAGCUUGUUUUAACACGGUAAACACGCAAACUACAGUCUGAUAAUACUGAACGGCAGCAGAGCUAGUGUUUAGUAUGGUUAAAGGCUAAUGCUUACGCUGUGUAAGCAGUGCUAGCUGGGGUUAGCAGCAGGCUACGGACCGAUAACACUCACCUCUGAACGGGGAAAAAUGGUAGCGCUUAGUGCUAGUGCUAGACAGGGUUAGCAGCAGGUCACAAUCAGAUGUACUCGCCUCUAAACGGCGAAAGAGCUAGUGCUUAGCGAGGUUAGUUGUUAAUACUAAUACUGCUCCAGCAGUGCUAUUCCGGGAUUAGCAGCAGGUUACAGGCUGAUAAUACUCACCUUGGAACAGUGGAAAUUGGAAAGUGCUAGCGGUUAGCACGGUUAGCAGCUGUCUGCUUAUUCGCAGCUCGUUUAGGCAGUUAAUCGGACAUCGCUUCCCCUCUCAAACCGAAUGACAAACAACGCAAGAUGAAGCUAAAAUUUGUCCCGAUCAAAAAAUUCCGAUCUGGCUUUAAAUUGGGUUAAAAUCACCCAGUGUCUGUCUAGAUUUAGCCGAUGCUCCGAACAGGCUUAGAAUGCUAGCAAUAGGGGCACACAGUAGCUUGAGGUAGUUCUUCGGGUGCCACCAUCUUGGAAUUAAAUCAUGAUCGGCUGACAAGUACAAACAAAACCACAGCUGAUAGGUCACAUAAAUGCUCACAUUAUUCAUUCUCAUGAACAGUCACCAGAUAUUUUCAGCAAAAGUUGAAAUUCAUGAAUUUCCAAAUUAAUAAUUUUGCAGUUCUCCUAUCUUACCUAUACAUUCGUGCUUAAUGUUAAGAUGGCAGCACUCGAAGAACUACCUGAAGGUACUGUGUGUACAAACAGUGUUUUUUUAUUUAUUUUUUAUAAUUUUCCCCAUUUUCUCCCAAUUUGGAUAUCCAAUUGUCCCACCCCUUUGUGCGUCCCCAUCACCGGUGACGCCCGUGACCUUCGGAGGAUGCGGACGUGCACACGCCUCCUCCGACACGUGUGAAGUCAAUCACCCCUUUUUUCAAGCUGCUGCUGAUGAAUCACUGCCUGAGCAGCUAGCGCGCUCGGAGGAAAGCACAGCGGCUAGGUUCCGAUUCAUCUGCUCACAGAUGCCUCGUGCCGCCCGGUGCCACCUUAAGUGUGAUGGGGAGAGAGCACCAUCUACCCACCCUGGAGGGAGCAGAGACAAUUUUGCUCCCUCUAAGCACCGGCAGCUGAUGGCGGUCUAUUCGACAAAAGUUUGUACUUGUUAUCAUGUUUCACUAUAUACUAUAUACACCCCAAGUCCAUUUUACAGCGGAGUUCUCCUUUAACCUUCCUAAUAAACAUUGGGAAGUUUGUCAUUUUGCAGAUGCUAGGUUUUUGCACGACCCCAGAAAUUAACAUUACAUAAAGAAACGGCUAAAACAAAAGUUCUUUACCGAACCCCUGUGUGUGUGUUUGUGCAGAGUAUGCUGAGAGAUGUGUAUUAUAAUAAUAUGUCAUUCAUUCUCCUGUGUUUCUGACCUACUGUAUGUUCAGCGGUUUUAUGUCCUGUUUAUUUAUACAACUUUGCACUUUGUUCGAUCACUUCAGUGCUUUGUACUUGUUUAAUAACUAUAUUUAUGAUUUUUUUAAACAUAUUAACUGGCAAAAAUGUAUUGAUUUCUGUCAAUGUCAAUUUUUUGUGAAAAAUGCCUAUUUUUAAGUCAUGAUAAUUAUUCAAUUACUAGAACAUAUGCAGGUGGGGCAUUGAAGGGGGUUGGUUUUGUUUUUAUUUUGUUAUUUUGCUGUCCAGUCUAGGGGUGCACCGAAUAUUUGGCAACCAGAAUAAUUAGAAGUUGCUUUCUCUCUUUAGCCAAAUAAUUCAUACCAAAGGAUUCUCUUUCAGCAGCGAGGUCAGGCCCACACUGAGUGCGUUCACAUGCAUGUUCAUAAUCUGAUCACUGUAGUUAUCUAAUUAUUUGUCACAUAAGCAGCAUACUCCGAUUGCUUAGAUUAAGGUAUGGUCAAAUAUGAAGUAAAGAUUGAGGUUGGUUGUUGUUUCCAUGAUUUAAAAGCGAAACUAAUGUGGGUUAGUUAGAAUCUUAAUCUAUUGAACACAGCUGGUCUGCAUGAAUACUGCUGAACAUGUUCCAGUCUGGUUAUAUUCUACUCUCAGCAACUAGUAGGAGAAGGCCCCCUCAAGGAGGAUUCUGAUAACAGUGUUGUAUGAUCAUACUGAGCCUCGAAUGUGAAGUUUGGGUUUUACAUUAUGUUUACGUCCAGUCUUAUUCUGUGAGAUUAUUGGCUGAUUACAAAGCAAAAAUCUGAUUACUGUCUGAGUUUUCCCAUUAUCUGAUUACUCAAGUUCCUGUAAUUUUAUUACUUACUAACUCAGAUUCAACUGUAAACUGUCUUUUUCGCACUAUAAGGCGCAUCAGAAUAUAAGGCGUAUUAUGCAACACUAGUAAGGAACAGGGGUGUCGCCAUGUUUUCCUUCUAAUUUAGCAGAUCUCGCUGUGGGGGGAGGGUGGUAACUAAGUUAAGUAAAGCUAAGCUAAGUAAACAAAACUGUAAUUCUUUUUUACAAAAUUAUUUAAAGUCAAAUGAGCGCUGGAUGUUAAUCUACACAGAUUUCUCUCUCGAAAACUGUGAGUACAGCGCUUCCAUUUAUUUAGAGUAAGCUUAGGUUUCCAGAUUUCCACUAAGGCUAGGUGCUGCAGCAUUGGCAUUAGCAGCUAACCGCUAGCACUAACCUGAAUGGCAACAUUCAUAAGGCGCGCUGGAUUGUAAGGGGCACUGGCGAUUUUUGGGAAAAUUAAAGAAUUAAGUGCACCUUGAUAAAGAAGUAAGUGCGAAAAAUAAAGUACCUAAUUUUACAUUAGCUAGCUAAUGUCUAUUUCCUGUAUCAGACAUUUUAAAUUAAAGGCCCUCUGCAGAGUUUUGUAAUUGCUGUGUUUAAAAUGAUUUAUACAUUAUUUUUACAUUGUACUUUUGUAACAAAAAUAUAUUUAAGUUAUGCAAGGGUGAAAAUAAGUGUAUUAAUUUUGUUUGGUUUUAUUUUGUUCGGUGCAUCCCUAGUCCAAUGAUGUUAUCAAACACGUCUUCUGCCACCUUGAAGUAUUAUUAUUAUUAUUAUUAUUAUUAUUAUUAUUAUUAUAAAUAUUAUAAUUAUUAUUAUUAUUAAUAUCAUCAGUGCAGUUGUAUGUGUGUGUACAUGUUGACUGUAAGGACUGUAGCUUUUUUUAAAGCAGAUCUUAAUGCUUGACAUGUUCUUUCUCUGUUGUUGUCAGUUGUCCAUCAGUUCUUUGGAUAUUAAAAUGUACUGUAAAAAACGCAGAGUAAACACUGCGUCCAAAGGUGUGUGUGAGGGCAUUGAUGAUGAUGAUGGUGAUGAUGAUGAUAAUGUAAUGCAAACUCAGUGUUGGUAGCGUCAGAGUUUAGGAAUAAAUUUAUACUGAUGGGUGUGGUGAACUGGAA